UCCCCUCCAGUUAUUAUAGAACUCAAUGGUCGUACGACGGUCGAUCACUGGGCUCGGUUGUUUGCCUAGAGUACAUUGACAAAUUGGAUAAUUUCUGUGGAUUUUGAGAUACAAUAAGGUCACCAUGAAUGAAAGCUACUAUAAAGUUACACGUAUAAUUGUGGUUCUUUUCAACUUCAUAUUUUUUAUUACUGGAUGUGGUAUUCUAUCAUUUGGUAUUUACGUACAGAUAGAGAAAGGUGAUUAUGCAGCAGUGUCAACAACAAAAGGACUUACAGCUUCAUUAUUGCUUAUUGUUGCUGGAUUUGUUACUGCUUUAAUAUCUUUUACUGGAUGUCUUGGUGCUUUCAAAGAAAAGAGGACGCUACUGUGGAUUUUUCUGAUCAUGAUGAGUUUGAUUGUGAUCCUGGAAAUUGCUUCUUUUAUCAUUGCUUUGGUUUACCGAAUGAAGUUAAAAGAUGAUCUCCGUGGUGAUAUGAUAUCCUCCAUUGAAGAGUAUGGCGAAGAUGACCAAGAAGGUAUCACUAAAGGUUGGGAUUGGAUACAACAAAAGUUUGAAUGUUGUGGAGUGAACGACUCAUUGGACUGGGCGAGAUACUAUGAGAAAGCAAACGGAAGUCAUAGGAUUGUUCCUGACAGCUGCUGUGUCACAGAGAAGAAAGACUGCGGUAAUCCAUACAGAAUGGCCAACCAUUCAAUCAAGAAUAAAAUUUACAAUAAGGGAUGCUUCAAUGAAUUGGAAGAUUUCCUUAAGUAUAACCUUUUAACAAUUGGAAUUAUUGCUGCUGUGCUUGUCGUCAUUGAGCUUGUGGCCAUUAUCCUUGCCUUUCUUCUUAUUACACAUAUCAAAGAAGCUGGAGAAUUUGUGUGAUGGCAUCAAGUAAACUCGACGAUCACAUUUGAAGAAAGACUUUCGCAUUUUUAGAUUUUAUUGUAUAAAAUAUAUCAAAGAUUCUAUAGAUAAAUUAAUAUAAUCACGUGAACAAACAAUAUAAAAAUAAUAUCCAUUUAUAAGCUACGUAAUUGGGUGAUAAUUAUGAGUUAUGUCAUUAGCUCAAAGUAGCUGUCAGAAUAAUAAAUGGAGUUAUUCUUAUGAUACAGCAAAA